UCGCAGCGCAGGCCGAGGUGCUCAGUCGGUCAGCGCGCGGCGAGGACGGCGAGAUGCUGCGUCGGCUGUGCUGGCUGCUGGGCCUGCUGGGACCCCUGGCGGGGGCCCUGGCGGCGAGCCCCGAUCGACGGCCGUUCAACCAGAACACCAAGAACCCAAGCCUCUUCAACAUCGGCGGCGUGCUCAGCGGCAACGAGAGCGCCGCGCAUUUCGAGAAGAUCAUCGCGCAUUUGAACUUCAACAACGAGUAUGUGCAGCGAGGCAACACGUACAGAGCCGAAGCGAUUCAAAUGGACCAGAAUCCAAUCCGCACCGCGCUCAACGUUUGCAAAAAUCUCAUCUCCAAGCGGGUGUAUGCUGUAAUCGUGUCACACCCUUUAAUCGGCGACCUUUCGCCAGCGGCGGUGUCCUACACCAGCGGCUUCUAUCACAUUCCUGUCAUUGGCAUUUCUAGCCGCGAUUCGGCCUUUUCCGACAAGAACAUCCACGUGUCGUUUCUGCGCACCGUGCCGCCGUACUCGCACCAGGCCGACGUUUGGGUCGAGCUGCUGAACCACUACGCGUUCAUCAAGGUCAUCUUCAUCCACAGCUCGGACACCGACGGCCGCGCCCUUUUGGGCCGCUUCCAGACCGCCUCACAGUCUUCCGAGGACGAUGUCGAAGUCAGGGUCAAUGUUGAGUUGGUCAUCGAGUUUGAACCAGGCCUGGACAGCUUUGCAGACCAACUGAACGAGCUCAAGGGCACCCAAGCCAGGGUCUAUCUUCUGUAUUCAGGUAGGCAUGAGGACGCUGAGGUUAUUUUCCGGGAGGCGGCAUCCAAAAACAUGACGGAAGACGGGCACGUUUGGAUUCUAACGGAGCAGGCCCUGAUGGCAAAAAAUGUGCCUGAGGGGGCGCUUGCCCUGCGCUUGAUCAACGCCACCAGCGAGUUUGACCACAUCCAGGACAGCAUCUACGUCCUGGCGUCGGCGAUCAAAGAAAUGAACAAGACUGUCAACAUCACAGAGGCGCCGGCAAAUUGCGACGACUCUGCCACCAUUUGGGAGACCGGGAAAACCCUCUUUGACUACAUCCGGCGGCAAGUGCUGUUUAAAGGCGCGACUGGGAAAGUGGCUUUUGAUGAUAAUGGUGAUAGGAUGUUUGCCGAGUACGAUAUAAUCAACGUUCAAGAAGACCAGAAGCAGGUCUCGGUCGGCAGAUACUUUUUCCAUCGGGACUUGGACCGAAUGUCUUUGCGAUUGAACGAGAGAAAGGUUGUGUGGCCAGGGCGAUCAAGAACGAAGCCAAAGGGUUACAUCCUUCCCACGCACCUGAAGGUGCUCACCAUCGAAGAGAAGCCGUUCGUGUACGUUCGCGAGCUCACCAACUUAGACACUCCUGAUUGUCUGCCGGAUGAAGUGAGAUGUCCUCUGUUUAACACCACCAAUGAGCACGAUCCAGAACGGAUGUUCUGCUGCAAAGGCUACUGCAUCGACCUGCUGCUGCACUUGUCCUCGAAAAUAAAUUUCACCUUCAACCUGGCUCUCUCACCCGACGGCCAAUUCGGUUCCCACAUCGUUAGAAAUAACUCAAUCGGAGGGAAAAAAGAGUGGACCGGACUGAUCGGUGAGGUGGUCAACGACCGCGCGGACAUGAUAGUCGCCCCUCUGACCAUCAAUCCGGAGCGCGCCGAGUACAUCGAGUUCAGCAAGCCGUUCAAGUACCAAGGAAUCACGAUCCUGGAGAAAAAGCCAUCCCGCAGCUCGACCCUCGUGUCGUUCUUGCAGCCCUUCAGCAACACCCUCUGGAUACUGGUCAUGGUGUCCGUGCACGUCGUCGCCCUUGUCCUCUACCUCCUCGACAGAUUUUCUCCGUUUGGCCGCUUCAAGCUGGCCAACUCAGACGGGACGGAGGAAGACGCUUUGAACCUGUCGAGUGCCAUCUGGUUCGCGUGGGGUGUGCUGCUCAACAGCGGCAUCGGCGAGGGAACGCCGCGCAGCUUCUCGGCGCGCGUGCUGGGCAUGGUGUGGGCCGGCUUCGCCAUGAUCAUCGUCGCCUCGUACACCGCCAACCUGGCCGCCUUCCUCGUGCUCGAGCGGCCCAAGACCAAGCUAACAGGCAUCAACGACGCCAGGCUGAGGAACACCAUGGAGAACCUGACGUGCGCCACCGUGAAAGGAUCGGCCGUGGACAUGUACUUCAGGCGGCAGGUCGAGUUGUCCAACAUGUACCGCUCGAUGGAGGCCAACAACUACGACACCGCCGAGCAAGCCAUCAAGGACGUGAAAGACAGGAAGUUGAUGGCUUUCAUAUGGGACAGCUCGAGGCUCGAGUUUGAGGCUGCCCAGGACUGCGAGCUCGUGACCGCUGGAGAGCUUUUCGGUCGCUCAGGGUACGGCAUUGGCCUGCAGAAAGGGUCAGCGUGGACUGACUCUAUUACUCUGCACAUACUGGACGCCCAUGAAAGUGGCUUUAUGGAGUCGUUGGACAACAAAUGGAUAUUUCUGGGCAACACGCAGCAUUGCGAAGGGGACGAGAAAACGCCGAACACCCUCGGGCUGAAAAACAUGGCGGGCGUGUUCAUCCUGGUGGGGGCUGGCAUCAUCGGCGGGGUGGCCCUGAUUGUCAUCGAGAUGGCCUACAAGAAGCAUCAGAUUCGCAAGCAGAAACGCAUGGAGCUGGCGCGCCACGCGGCCGACAAGUGGCGCGGCGUGAUUGAGAAGCGGAAGACGCUGCGCGCGACGGCCGAGCGGCGCAAGUACGGCCCCAACGGCGUCGAGCGGCUGUCCGUCGAGGGCCUCCAGUACCUGGCCGCCGGCGGCUCCGGCUGGCCGUCGCCCCUCUCGUCGCCCCUCCGCCUCCGCGGCCACCGCAACAGCAGCGCCGACGAGGAGGUCAUCGACCCCGAGAGCUCCGUUCCUUACUAACCCCUCAUUCAGCACCCUCCUGCGAUUCGUUCCGAAUACUCUACAAUUCUGCAAUUCGCACACACGAGACAGGCCUACUCGCACAAACACGGGGAUAAAUAAUUGACAUAUUGACAUAUUUUUUGAACUGGUUUUUAUUCUGAAGUUGAUGACACACGCAAACAUACACGCACUCCUGCAGUUUUUUGGCCCAAAGCGAAGUUUCUUUUUGAUUCCCUCUCAAGUUUAAAACGGUAAAAUAAUAAAUGAGUGUCAUAAUCUAUAUUUAAAUCAAUGUAAUUCAAAAGACGGGCGUUUCAAAGUUUAUGAAACAAAACUAAAUGCUGGAUAUAAAAAAGAUAUUGUUGAAUGUUAUCUAAAACGGGCAUUAAUAUAAUAUGCAUGAAGUAUAAAUAGCAGGGAGAAAAGAGAGAGAAAAAACUAAGUGUAGUUAUUGAAAAAUAUAUGCGCUUUUUAUUGCUGAAAGCUGGAGAAUCUGCGGAGGAGUUUCAAAAUGAGUUCGUUAUUGAUGUUAAAAAAUAAAAAUGAAUGAAAAACCGAA